AUGAAAAGGAAAUAUGAAGAAAAUGGAGAUAAAUUUCAUGAAAGAAAGAAAAGGAUGACAGAAAUAGAACUCGUAGAGUUGGUUGAUUUUGCUCUUGAUAUUGUAAAUAAACUCAAGUCAACAGAUGAAGGACAUCUAAGUCAAAUUGUGCGACUAGCUGUCGAUGAAGACAAGGCAUUUGUAAAUAUUUGGAAAUCUUUAGUAACCCGAAAGGACGAGAGUGCAAGGAUUCAAAAGUUUAUUUCUCUGAUGAAUGUCUGUUUUGAUAUGAAUUUAAAGACCGAGAGUGGAACAAUUUGA